CGGGGCCGGUGGCCCGGCGGGGGGGCGGCAUGCCGGGGGCGGCGGGGCGGUAGUGGCGGAGCCGAGUCUGUACCGGGGCGGCGGGAGCGGCGAUGCGGCUGCUCGGCGCCUUCCUGCGGUUGCUGGUGGUCGGGACGCUGGGGGCACCGCCCGCCCCGGCCCCGGAGGAACGGGGGACCGCCAGCACGGAGUCGCACGUCCUGACCUUUCGGGAGAUCUGGAAUCGUAGUUUCUGCCGGCCUCUGGAGCAGCUGGUGGACGUCAUCACCGAAUUCCCCAACGAGGUGGAGUACAUUUUCCGACCCUCCUGCGUCUCCCUGCAGCGCUGUGGAGGCUGUUGUGGGGACGAGGGUCUCCGCUGCGUCCCCGUGGAGACAAGCACGGUCACCCUGCAGCUCCUGAAGAUAAAGCCAAACGGGGAGGCACCCUAUGUGGAGAUGGCGUUCACCGAGCACAAGCAGUGCGAGUGCAGGCCUCGGCAGGACCUGAUGAGGUUGGGAAGGAGGAGGUCCAAGGGCCGAGGUAAGAGAAGACAAGACAAGAAGGGACGGAAAGACUGUGAACUGUGUGGCACACCGCGCAGGUAGCCUCUGCCCUGCCCCCAGCCUCGCUCCUGCCACCUGGAUUUGAGCCAGCUGUCUUUGCCCCCAGCGUGGGGGACUUGUGGAGUCACAUCCCUCCAAGCUGCAGUGGGGAGCAGGACUCCAGCACAGAAGAGCUGACUGUACUCUUGCUUGGCCCUGGUGGGAACACAGCCUGGAACCAAGGACUCCCUUGCCCCAUCUGCCCCAUUGGCAGCAAGCAAAAGGGACUUGUGACCAAGCCUGGGGCUGAAGACGAGGAGCUCAAGCAGUGUGUUGGUAUUUGAGAACAUUCUGGGGGCAAUGAGGAGCUGAGCUGGUGGAUGUGCUGCUGGAACUGGCUGGAGAGGACAGCAUGAUGUGGGAGUGAGUGGAGAUGGCUCACAUGGCUGCACCUGCAAAACUUCUCUGUCCUGGCAGUGCUCUGCAGCUGGGGAGGAAGGAAAUCUGGGGCAGGCAAGGCUGUAGGGCUGCAUCCGUCCCAGCUUUGGCGUGGGGCAGCCCAGGCAGGUGCCAGGGAGCUUGCCUGGGAAGCUGUCCUGGUUGGGAACAGAAGGGAACUUGGGCUCCUGUUGUAUCACAGCUACAUCCCAGCUUUGCCCUGCUGAAUAAAAGCUGGUCAGACAUGGGAGCUGGCAGCUCCUGUCUGCUUUCCAGCAAGGCAGGGAACUUCCCCAUGGACACCCACUCAGGCUGGAAGAGGGCAGUGACCCAGGGUUUGUCCCCAUCACUGAUCCUGCAGCACCAAGGGACUGCCCUUGGUGUGAUGCUGGAGAUGGGCAACCAGCAGGUUGCUCCCUGGGCUGGGGGCUAUCCAUGUGCUGGAAUUCAGCUGGGCACUGGGGGACCCUUGGGCGAGCUGCCCUUCCCCUCCACACCACAGUGUGGGACUGGUACCUCUCCCUAUUCACCACACCCAUCCUGUUCUCACCCCAGUCCAAAUGUCUGGCUCAGUGUCCUGUUCUCCCUGGCAGGGCUGAUGCAAAGUUUAGGGCACUGGGGGGCAGGCUGCCCACUCAGGAAAUACCCCACCAAGGGUCAUUUACCUGGCAUGGGAACAGGCUGGUCUGGGGCCCCCUUUCCUUACUGGGAAUACCCUCAGGCUAUAAGGAGCUGGUGGCCCUCAUCGAGGUGGCUGUUUGCUGCUUUCUCCACUCAGCUGGGUCUCUGACCAGGUCUAAGGGGAAGCCACAGCUCCUGGUUUUCCAUGCUUUAAGCAGUUCUCCUGAGGCUCUUCCUGUCCCCAUUUCCACCCCUGCUGCAGGGGGUCUGGGGCUGUCUGCCAAAUGCAUUCCAUGCUGAUCUGUGCAAGCCAUAUCCUGGAGCAGUGCAGGUAGCACUCCAGAAACCCCAGGGUGAGUUGGCACUUGCAUUGUUGUGGGGCACUCCUGGCACUGGGUUAAAACAAAAUCAAGAGUCAUUCUUGAAAUCUUCAAAUAAAAGACUGGAGGGCAAGAUCUGCAAAGGCUUCAAGGUUACCCUUAAAUAAUGUGACCUGUGGUUUAUCCUGCUCUGAGGAAUAAGGGUGGAGCCUAAUGGAGCAAGAAUUGGGGUCCAAGGUAGCUCCCUCCCACAUCUGCCAGGGCUGCCUGUAACAGGGUUUACAUCAUGAUUCUUUAAGCCAUAAUGCUGGUGUUGCCUGAGGCUGGCACAAGGACAUGGGGACAGGGCAGAUCCCUGUCAGGGGAGGCUGGAGGUGGGUGUUGAAGGUGAUGUGAACCUGCAGACUGCCACCAUGUAGCAGGGAAUGGACUGUGGGAGCUGUAACCGUGCAGCUGGGCACAUCCUUCAGGAGCUUGCUGGAUUCCCUUUUGGAUCCCAUUUCCAGGCCAUUUCCAGUAUCCUGGAGCACAGCCUACAUGGGCUUUGCCUCAAAAACAGCCCAUGAAGUUCCUCCUUCACUACCUCAUAGAUGAGGGGAACUCGCCUCUCCCCUUCCCAUAUCACUCAAAGUCUGUGUGGAGCAUGUGGUGGCCUGGUCCACACAGGCUUUCCCUAUCACUGUGUGUCAUUUCUGCCUGGCUGGUUUUGCUCUGAGGCCAAGGAGAACCAUGUGCAGCACUUGAGGAUGUAUGUGAUGGUUUCUUUAUUGUUUUUAAUACCCUGGUAGUAUUAAAUGUUUAAAAAAGGAA